GUGCGCCUGCGCGUUGCAGAGCGGCGGAUCAAGCGCGGCGCCUGCGCUGUGCAGAGCGGCGGGACUGCAUCGGCGCUCGCGGUCCCGCGUUUCCGUCAGGCUCGAGGACCAACCGGCCGAUGCUGGAACGGAUGUUGGCUGCCGGCUGCGACCCGGGCCUGGGUCAGUGAGGAGCCUUCGGUUCCGCCAGGCCGGUGUCCCCUUCCGCACCCGCUGCGCUGGUGGGGAGCGGGCCGGUGUGCGAGUCGAGGCCAAGGUUCGGUGCGAGCUUCCGCACUGCUCCUCGCGGGCUGAGGUUUUCUGUCAGAUAUUCCACUGUAAUAAUGCUGGAGUUAAGAAGUCUCCAUUCCUUCACUGUACAUCAGAGCAAUUUCUCUGCAUACAGAAAUGGAGUAAUGUGCAAAGACAGCUGUCAAAUUAAAGAUUUUAAUGACCUAAGCUCUGUGCUGAAAUAAGAUUAAUUGGACUGAAAGUGCCAUCGUAGGGUAACCCAAAUCUGUUACUGGAACCAUGAAAGUUUUGCUGGUGUUUGACUUCGACAAUACAAUCAUAGAUGACAAUAGUGACACCCGGAUUGUACAAUGUGCUCCAGACAAAAAGCUUCCCAUGGCACUGCAAGAUUCUUACCAGAAGGGGUUCUGGACAGAAUUUAUGGGCAGAGUCUUUAAGUAUUUGGGAGAUGAAGGGGUGAAAGAAGAUGAAAUGAGAAGAACAGUGAUAUCCAUGCCUUUCACUUUGGGGAUGGUGGAGCUUUUCAGCUUUCUAAGGAUGAAUAAGGAUAAAUUUGAUUGCAUCAUUAUUUCAGAUUCAAACUCAGUCUUCAUAGAUUGGGUUUUAGAAGCUGCUGAUUUUCAUGAUGUCUUUGAUAACGUGUUUACUAAUCCAGCAGCUUUUGAUAACAGUGGUUGCCUCACAGUGAGAAAUUACCAUGCUCAUUCUUGCAAUAGGUGUCCGAAGAACCUUUGCAAAAAUGCAGUUUUGGUAGAAUUCAUAGAGAAACAGUUAGAGAAGGGAGUGAGAUAUGCACGGAUCGUUUAUAUAGGAGAUGGUGGAAAUGAUGUCUGUCCGGUUACCUUUUUAAGGAAAAAUGAUGUUGCCAUGCCACGGAAAGGGUACACUCUCCAUAAGACUCUUGCCAGAAUGUCUCAAAAUCUUGAACCUAUAGAAUCUUCUGUUGUUGUUUGGUCUUCAGGUGUUGAAAUAAUUUCUCAUUUACAAUUUCUAAUAAAAGAGUAAUGUGCCAACCA